AUGAUCAUUCCCUUCUACAAACCCACCGCUGCACCGCCGGGGAUCUUUAAGAAUCAGCCGCUACCGUAUAGCAACGCGAGCUUUGCCGGCAAGUUCUUUCUGCAAUGGAUAGCACCUAUGAUCAAGGCUGCGUGGUCGAGACCCAUUCAACAAGACGAUAUAUGGGAUAUAACACCUGAUCUCAGUAGUAAGACUCUUGGGGAUGAACUCGAGCGACAUUACAUGAGGCGAGUACCUCCUUCCAAGAGGCCUGCUGGCUAUUACGACCCUUCCCGUCGCGUGUACCCUUCUUCCCAGAAACAUGAAUCUCAGGAAGGAACCAAGCUCUCCAGAAGAAUGCGAAAGAAGGUACAAAACGGAGACGUGAUUUUGGAGGACGGGAGAGUGUAUGACCGAAGCUUGACAAAAGCGUUGUACUUUACCAUAUGGAGGAUGUUCACCUAUAACAACAGCGUCAACUCUAUGGCUCAGGUUCUCCGGCUCACCGCUCCCCUUGUCACGAAGAUACUUAUCACUCAGCUCACGAUCGCUUACAAUUACCAUCAAGCCACCAAGUCAGGGCUGGAUCUUAACGACAUACAGCGACCCAAGUCGGUUGGAUACAUGCUCGGAGUCGCUUUUGGACUGUGGUCGAUGCUCGCUGCUUCAUCAUUCCUGAUGUAUCCUACGUGGUUUGGAGCGAAUUUGAUGGGGAAGAAGUUGAGGUCUGCUCUCAUUGCCAUGAUCGCCCGCAAGUCCAUGAGGCUCUCCAGCAAGUCACGAUCAGUGAUGACCAAUGGCCGCUUGACGACUAUGGUCUCGGUAGACUGCUCGUCUAUUGAUGCUCUUUGUCACAUUAGCCUUGACAUCACCUCCGCACCCCUCUCCAUCAUCCUGGGUACAGCGCUCUUAAUUUACACUCUGGGGUACUCCGCUUUGGUCGGUAUUGGCGUUCUCGCGUUGACCGGCCCAUACAAAACCUUCAUGUUCAGACGCAUUUCCAAGCUUCGCAAAGCUCAAACAGAGAUAAUCGAUACCCGCGUUCGCCUGCUCUCAGAAGUUCUCAACAACAUUGGGGCUGUCAAGCUUUAUGCUUAUGAGAAGAUAUGGGCUGCCAGGAUUGGUAAGAUGCGAAAAAAGGAGCUCGACAAACUGAGAUCCAAUUGUGUUGGAAAGUCAAGCCUGACUAUGAUUGUCGCUUUCAUACCUACGCUCGCUGCUAUCAUGACAUAUAUCACUUACUCUCUCAGCGGACAUGAUCUCGAUGCUGCUAUAAUCUUUUCGUCUCUGCAAUAUUUCAACGUCAUGAGAACGCCGUUGACAAUGCUCCCACGAAUCAUCUCUGGUUUCAGUGAGGCCAAAGUCGCUGUUCGGCGUCUGUCUGAGCUGUUUGAGGCCGAAGAGUUCGAACAGGACAUCAAGAUUGACGAAUCUUCGAUCUAUGGAGUGGAGGCCAAGGCGUGCUUCCAGUACGAAAGGCUGAAUCCUGUCGAAGAAGAGGAGGGCAAACAACAGCUCGCCCCUUACGAGAAGCCUGAUGACGCCGCCGACGCCGGUCCCAACGAGAAGUCGCCGGGUGCUAUUGACAAAAUCCCAUUCUCUCUGAAAGAUAUUGAUCUACAGAUCCCUCGAGGAUCGCUUGUGUGUGUAGUCGGCAGUGUGGCUACUGGCAAAACGGCACUUCUCUCGGGUCUCCUUAAUGAGAUGAAGCGCACAGAGGGCGAAGUUGUGUUUGGUGGUAGCGUCAGCUACGUUCCCCAGCACGCAUGGGUACAGUCGGGAUCGGUCAGAGACAACAUCACCUUCUCUUGCUCGCCUGAGGACGUUGAUUCAGCUCGCAUCGAGGACGUUGUUGAAGCAUGUGCUUUGAGGCGUGAUGUCGAGAUGUGGCCGCAAGGCAUCUUGACUCAAAUCGGUGAAAGAGGUAUCACACUUUCCGGCGGACAGCGACAGCGCAUCUGCAUUGCUCGAGCUGCCUACGCGCAGACCCCUGUCGUCCUUCUGGACGAUCCAUUAUCUGCAGUCGAUGCGCACGUGGGAAAUCAUCUCCUUCAGAACUGUAUUCUCAAUGGCCCACUGAGUAGCCGUACUCGUGUCCUGGUGACUCAUCACCUGGACAGCUUGCAUCUUGCCGACAUCAUCCUGGUCAUGGGCAGGGAUGAGAACGGAGAUGGGCGCAUCAUUCAGCAAGGAAGCUAUAAACAAUUGAUGGCGAAUACGGGGACGUUCCAAACGUUGAUCAGUCAAUUUGGAUCGACUACACACGAGUCUUCUUCCAGCAGCAUUUCUGAGGUGGAAGACAUUGAAGGGGCAAUAGAUCAGACAGCCGAUGACGCUGAUACAGGCGCCGAAAAGACUGACCCUACUUCUGCAACUAAGAAGGUCGAGGAAACAAAACUCAUCUUAGACGAGGAGAUGGCCGAAGGGUCUAUCAGCUGGACAGUCUACCGCAAGUACGGCCAGGCCAUCAAUUCGUGGAUUCUGCCUAUUUUGGUGGUGUCGUUCUUGCUUCUCUCCCAAGCGGCCACCGUUUUCAACUCCUUGUUCUUAGGCUUCUGGUCAGAAGACAAGUAUGAUAGUCUUAGACAAGGCGAAUACAUGGCUAUCUAUGGAGCCCUUGGUGCCAUGAUGGCUCUCUUUGCGUUUGGUGCCAUAUAUACAAUAUUUUUGUCUGGAAUUGGAGCAUCAUACACCAUGUUCAAUCAAGCAUGGAACGGAGUCAUCAGAAGUCCAACGGGCUGGCACCAUCGCACUCCGACCGGACGUAUCAUAAACCGCUUGACAAAAGAUAUCGAAAAUCUCGAUGACCGCUUGCCGGACGUAUGGUAUCUCGUUGCAAAUGCUGUGCUGAGUAUCUUUGGAACGCUUGCCCUGAUCCUCUACGUCUAUCCAUGGAUCGCUCUUCUGUUCAUUCCCGUUUACAUCUAUGACUUCGUCUCGCUUGUCUACUACAGAGUCACCACUCGUGAUCUACAGAGACUGUCGUCAGUGGCACGAAGUCACGUAUACGUAAAUUUUGGGGAACAACUGGCUGGUCUCCCUGUCAUUCGUACCUUCCAUCAGCAAUCGAACUACAAUCAAAGACUCGAGAAAUCAGUGGACGUGGAAAUGGCGACGGUGAUGUGCUCUUGGGCUGGACUUCGGAUCAAUUUCAUGAGCUACCUCCUGAUUCUGUUUGUGGCCGUAUUUGGUGUGAUCUUCCGAAACACAGUCGCUCCUUCUCAGUUUGGUGUUGUACUGACUUACGUUAUCGCUACAUCAUCAACUUUGACGGGACUGAUUGGUUGGGUGGCGGAGGUCGAACAAGAAAUGAAUAACGUAGAACGAGUUCAACACUAUGGCGCGCUUCCCACGGAAGCCUCCCCAUCUCUGCCUUCCGAUCCGGCACCCUCUGACCCUUGGCCGUCUCACGGUGCCAUAUCGUUCCGGGACGUCCAACUCAAAUAUUGGCCAGAUCUUCCACUUGUUCUUAAGGGGCUGAACUUCGAUAUUCACCCGGGAGAGAAGAUCGGCGUGAUAGGGCGGACUGGGGCUGGAAAAAGUAGUAUUGCUCAGGCCCUCUUCAGGACAGUUGAGAUAUCAGGUGGUAGUAUCGUCAUUGACGAUAGAGAUCUGCAAGACCUGGGUCUUGAUACUUUGAGACAACGCUUGUCUAUCAUCCCCCAAGAUACCUUCUUGUUUGGCGGUACUGUCCGCGAAAACAUCGAUCCAUCCAACACUCACACGGAUGCCGAAAUGAACGACGCGCUCAAUCUCAUACAUGCUGGCGACUCUUCCUCUGAUCUCCGAGCUAAGUUUGGGCUAGAUGCGAUGGUUGGGAAUGAAGGCUCAAACUUCAGUGCGGGAGAAAGACAGCUUUUGGCGCUAGUAAGGGCAUUAGUGAGAGGGUGCAGAGUACUCUUACUUGACGAAGCCACAUCUUCGGUCGACCCGAAAACAGAUGCCCUCAUCCAGAGAAUCAUCCAGUCACAAUUCUCGAAUACAACUAUUAUCUCAAUCGCACAUAGACUGCAGACAGUGGCGUACUACGACCGUAUCUUGGUCAUGGACGCUGGCGAAGUCGCCGAGUUCGACUCGCCUCUUGAUCUCUUUGAUAGAUCCGAGUCCAUCUUCAGAGCUCUUUGUGAUAAAAGCAGAAUUACGCGCGCGGAGCUACUCAGAAUUCGACGAGGGGCAGGCCUGGACAAUGAUGGGGAGCUGUAA